AACAACCGCGGCACCGGGGGGCGGCGAGGCCCGAGCAGAACUAGCUGGGAGGCGUGGUCUAACCCGCAGGCUCCGCCGAGGGGGCGUGGUCUUUUGGCGGGGGCGGGGCCUGCGGGCGCGAAGCCCCCACGUGCCAGCCCGGUGCCGGUGCCAUGAAAUGUGUCAUCGCCGGCGGCAACGUCAAAGUCCUCGGCCGAGCCGUGCACUCCUUGUCACGCAUCGGCGACGAGCUCUACCUGGAGCCCACCGAGAGCGGGCUCUCCCUUCGUGCUGUCAACUCCUCCCGUUCUGCCUUCGCCUCCUUCCUCUUCGCACCCCUCUUCUUCCAGCUGUACGAGCCGGGCAGCAGCGGGCCCGACACAGAGCUCUUCCGAUGCAAAGUCCACAUGAAGUCCUUCCUGGGCAUCUUCCGCUCGCUGCCCUCGCUGGAGAAGUCAGUGGGGAAAUGUCUCAUCCUGCUCAAGCCCCGUGCCAGCCGCCUGGUCCUGCAGCUCCACUGCAAGUAUGGUGUCACCAAGACACAUAACCUGGCCUUCCAGGAGUGCGAGCGGCUCCAGGCCGUGUUCGACACCCAGCGCUGCGCCAGCCGCCUCUGCGCCCCGGCACGGGUGCUGACAGAGGCCGUGGUCCACUUUCCCCCGACGCUGGCUGAGGUGACACUGGGGACUGGGCCUGGUGGCAAAAUCAGCCUGCGGAACUAUGUGGAGGACGAGGCAGAGCCCAGCAAUACAAUGGUGACGGAGCUGUGGCUGGCUGAGGACGAGUUCCAGUCGGUGGCCGUGGCCCCAGGUUCCCACAUCACCUUCUGCCUCAAGGAAUUCCGUGGGCUGCUGAGCUUUGCUGAGGCCUCCAACCUGCCCCUCACCAUCCACUUUGAUGAGCCUGGCAGGCCAGUGAUCUUCACCCUGGAUGACACUGUCCUGGAGGUUCACCUGGUGCUGGCCACCCUCUCCGACCUGGAAAGCAACUCCCAGUCCCCUUCAACCAAUGGUGUGUCCCACCUGCCUGCCCCAUCAGAUGACUUCCCUGAUGACCUGGAGUCCUACAUGGCUGCCAUGGAAACCAGUGAGGGGGGCUCAGAGGGCCCCCCCAGCCCCACUUUCCCCCUGCGUACCCCCCGGCCAGCUGAGAGUGGACUGGUGGAGGAGGAGGAGGAGGAGGAGGAGGAAGGAGCUGUGCCAGGGACCCCCCCACACAAGAAGUUUCGCUCCCUGUUUUUUGGCUCAGUGAUGACACCAGGAAGGCCCGGCCUGGCCACCACCCAGGAGGUGCUGGCGGAGGACAGCGAUGGAGAAAGCUGAGCCCCGAGUCACUGCCACCCCAGCCUCCAUCCAACCACCAGGACAGGCACCCCCCAGUGACCCAUUACAAGUUUAUUCCUCAAAAAGUCCUCCUGCCCCCCCCUCCGCUGCCACCCCAGGGCUGGGCUCUGGGCUCCAGGCUCCCCCCUUACCCUGGCACUCCCUGCCCUGGGCCUGGAUUUGCUUUGGUGGAGCAUGGCGGGGGGGGGGCAGGAUCCUACAAAUAAAAAAA